AUGUCUGCCGCCCAGGCUGCCAACUACGCCUGUGCGGCCAUCUCGCUCUUCAUCGUCCUGCUUCGCGCGGCUACGACACUAUGGCAGCGCAAGAAGCGCGAUACCAGCUUCGCCCUGGUUAUUCUCUCCAUUGUCUUCAUCAUCGCCCGCAUCGUCGUUAACCACUACUACCUCAGCUUCGGCACCGCUAGCGAUGUCCUAAGUGGAAAGCUGACAGACUACGACCCGGAUCUCGUCCACGCAGGCAGCAUCCUCGUCCUGGUCGCCCGCAUUAUCCUCGCCGUCAUCCUGUGGCUGCAGAUGUGCAUUCUCCUCCUCUUCUAUCAGCACCUACUCUCGGGCAUUACCGUCGUGGCCUACCUUAUCUGCGCGACCUGGAUCGUGCUCGGCGCCACCUUUGUCGGCACCAUAUUUGCGACACUGCUCGAGUGCCGCCCCAUCGAGCUCUACUGGCAGAUCAGCCCGAACCCAGGCCAGUGCGUGCGCGCAUACGCCCAGCUCCUCCUCCAGGGUAUUAGCAACAGCGUCGUUGACGUGAUGCUGCUCAUCAUCUCCUUCCCGAUCCUCAGCCUGCAGAAGCGCACGCUCGGCGAGCACCUGCGGCUGUACGGCCUAUUCGUGCUAGGCACCUUCUGCAUCGUCGUCACCAUCCUGCGCGUCGUGCUCAUCUUUAAUAACGGCUCGUCCCAGGAGACCCGCUCGCUGUGGGCGUCAAUCCAGAUCGUCGUAUCCACCUUUGUCGCCAACGCGCCCAACGUCUACGGCAGCCUGCGCAUCGCGCGGCGGCGCAAGUCCUCGGGGGAACGCGGAGGAGGGCCCGGGACCAACUCGGCCACAGAGAUCCCGCGGCGCCAGAGGCAGCCGUCGUGCGCGGUCCCCGAGGGCCGGUCUUCUUCGCCCGGGCUGAUCGGGUCGUCGUCGGCUGGCACCGACUCGUGGCUCAAGAUGGACGACGUCGAGCUCGCGAUGAACGCGAUGAUGGCGGCCCCAGCAGCAUACCACGACCAGCAAUUCGAGCGUCGUUACCCACAGCAACAACACCACCACCACCACAACCACAACCACCACCGGCCGGGCUCGCUGGACCUCGAUAUCGAUCCGCUCGACCGGCGGCGGCACUCGCGGCAGCAUUCAUCCGGGAAGCUCAUCGCGGCACCGGACCUGGAUCCGGAGUCGGUUGCCUCGGGGCCAGGCGAAGACCCGACGGCCCGGCACUCGUAUCCGUCUUGCUCGUCGUUUUCGGUGACGAACCCGCAUCAGGAGCAUCGGCAGUCGACAUCAAUGUGA